CUCGGUCUCCCGUUGACAAUCAAGAAACGGUAGAGAUCCUUGACAAUCUCGGACCAGAAGUGCCUCAUCUGUAGCAAUGGCAGAAACAGAUCUCUUCCUUUGGGACCACCCCGUCUCGCCAUUCUGCCAAAAAGUCCGCAUCGCUCUGCGCGAGAAGAACAUCCCCUUCCAAUUCUCAACGCCCAGGGGCACAGGAAGUGGAAUCGCCUCCAAUAUGGAUUCCAACUUUGCAGAUCGCAACCCACGUCUCGAAGUCCCCACGCUGGUCGUCGACGGUGGUGCCGUCAAAAUAUUUGACUCCACCAUCAUCCUCGAGUACAUCGAGGACGCGUAUCCGCACAGCGUGCCACUACGCGCCACUUCCGCCGUCGACCGCGCGAGAGCCCGAAUGAUCGAAGACGUAUGCGACUCCCAGUAUGAAGCCGCCAACUGGGGCAUGGGCGAAAUCACGACUUUUCGCCGCGCCGAAAAUCACGGCGAUCUAGCGGAGAAACUCAAAACCAAGGCCGCCGAGCAUGUUGGUCUGAUCCAAGCAUGGCUAACGCAGCAACUAGGUGACGCGCCGUGGUUCGGUGGUGAGACGUUUGGAUACGCUGACGUCUGCGUGUGGCCGUUUGUGAACCGCUCCAGCUCGUACGGACUUGAACCUAAGCCUGGAACACUGCUGGGCGAUUGGUACGAGCGUGCCAAGCAGCGGCCAAGCGUGAAGUCGGUGUUCGACGAGUUUCUGGCUAAUACAAAGGGGAUGUCAGUAGCGUAUGAAGCUGUGCAGAAGGGACUGCUUAAGAGGCAGUACCGUGACCAUCGACUGGAGUGGAUGAUCAAGACUGGUGGAAUGGGAAUCGUCAAGGAAGGAAUGGAGAAGGAUAAUAUUCGCUUUCAGUGGCCUUCGUGA